GUGUUUCGUGUCCAGGUCCACUGGUGGUACCGUGACAACAAUGCGUGACGAAUGACAACAAUGAGUGACAGCAAUAAAUGACGAGUGACAACAAUGAGUGACAGCAAUAAACGACGAGUGACAACAAUGAGUGACAGCAAUAAACGACGAGUGACAACAAUGAGUGACAGCAAUAAACGACGAGUGACAACAAUGAGUGACAGCAAUAAACGACGAAUGACAACAGAUUAAGCGCCGUCGCUUCUUCAGUGUGCGGAUUCACUCCAUUCACUCACAUCUUAAUUACUCAUUUAAUGGCUCACUCCCUCAUUCCCAAUGGCCCACCUCUCUCUCUCUCUCUCUCUCUCUCUCUCUCAACACAAACAGGACCAACAAUCUGCAUGUUGCUAGUGACAAACAAACAAACACAGCCUCACCUGACAGUUGCCACCUGGCAACCACACCGUGUUUUUAGUAGUGUCUUUGUUGCUUUGUUUGAUUGGCUCACAGUUGGCCACCUCUUGUGCUUCAGAAACCUUACUAUACCUAUUGAUUCUUCUUCUUCUUCUUCAUUAUCUUGCGGAUAUAUCUCUAGGUCUCUCUACAUAUCUCUAAAUAUUUACAUCACCCUCCUUCUCUCUUUCUCUCUCUAUCCCACUUACUCCCACUUGCCUUCAUCAGGGCUCAGAGGGCAGCACACUCGCCCAGACGUUAGCGGGGAGACAGGUUCGACCCCAGACGAAGUCAGGGUCAACAGCUAGCUCGCCAACACCAGCCCAGAGUCUCAGAGAUAAAUGUGAUGAAUGUUCCUCUUAAGUGAUGAUAUAAAAAUCCACGUAACACAAAAGAAUCAAUAUGUCAUCAGAAUUAGCACUGAGACUCGACCUUAACAAGAUACGUUCACUUCGCAUCAGUUAGGAGACGAAAUUAACACUGAGACUCUACCUUAACAAGAUACGUUCACUUCGCAUCAGUUAGGAGACGAAAUUAACAGUGACUCUACCUUAACCUACUUACUCUACAGUUUACACGGUGCUUACUCUACACGGUACUCUACACGGUAAUUUUUUUUACUGGAGUUGGAAUCAAGAGGUGAAGUAAGAUGGAAGUUUUUUUUCUUAUAUAAUGACCUCUUGUGUAACUGAAUGACAUAACUUCCUUUUCCUAUUCUUUUUCCUCCCCUUCCUCCUCCUCCUAACUCUACCACUUUCUGGCUGAUUUUUCCUCUUUCUCUCGUCUUCGCACUCUCUCGUGGUUCACUUUAUCUAUAUCGUUCUCUCUCUCUCUCCUCUAAUAUGUCUACGUGUUGUUUUCUCUCACUCUCGCUCUUUCUAGUUCUCUCUACUUUAUUCAUUUCACUUUCUCUCUCUUCCCUGUUCAUUUCUAUCUCUCACCCUCUAGACGAGUCCAAAGAAUCCGAAUUAUAAUCCUUGAAAAUCUGAGGUCGAAUCAUUAGGAGCUAGAAAAACAGCCUUUCCAUCAACCUGCAUUCAGCAUUCCUAGUUAGUUAUACUCAGUUUCUCCCCCACUCCCAGUCACCGUGAAGUGAGAGUAAUAAGUAAAAAAGAAAAAGAAUAAAAAUGCACCUUUCUAAAUGUUCUAACAUAUACUCACGAACAUUCGAAUCAUCAAAGCGAAACAGUUGACGAACGCGGCGGAGAGAUUUGACGAUAGAGUCAGUUAGUGUCCGAGUCAGCGGGGAAGUGAAUGGUCGCUUACAGUCCGUGGCCUAACACAGUCCGCGGCGCCUCUCAAGUGCAGACGAUCCACUCCAAAAGAUGGGAUGGAGGCGACUAGUUCUUCAGUGUGUGAUUUGGUCCGCAGUCACCUGAGCGCCUGCGAUUCUGUGAUGGGCGUAGGCGUGGGCACGUCAUGGGCUGCGCUGAUAUUGGCUGUGUGUGUGCUGUGUGGAGAGUCCAAGAACUCUACCACCCGCGACGCUGACGAGGACAACGACAUCAUAACAUCCAGCGACUACCUGAAGGUCGGGAGGUCGCUCAACCUUCUCCCAAGAUAUGGCUUUCUGACACUCUCCAUCAAGGUGUUCCCACAUCGAUAUGACAACAGUUGGUUGUUCCGGGAUAAGACGGCUGAGGUCUUCCAAAAGAACUCAUACUGGGCAUCACAGACCAAACGCCGCAACCAGCAACAUCAGGUAACCCAAACAGACCGACACGGCUAUGACCAACAUUUUCUGAUCGACUUCUGCGACGACGUACGGGACCUCCUCACCGCCUAUUUUGACAACUUCUAUAUAGAGGGAGUGCCAGAGCCCCACAGGGUUUUCAUCACUUCUCUCGCCACCAAGACCAAGGCGCAGCACCUGGGCAUUCACCCGACCUUCCUCUCCACUGAGUACAGCUUCGUUUUGGUGCGUCUCUUCCGCCGGAACAGGCGGUCCACACUGGACGGGCGUCUCACACUAACCCCCAACUUCAAGAGCGCUGUGAAUGACAUAAGGAUCGGUUCAUCUGAGUCUGUGAACCAGUUCCUCGACCUCUACGGGACUCAUGUGAUUACUGAGUAUGAGGUCGGAGAUAUCAUGUACCAAGUGUAUGUGUUUGGGGAGAGAACCUAUGGAGAACUGAAGAACAACUUUGCCAUGAGUCAGAGUACUUUGUCUUUAAACAGCAGCCAAAGUGAGUUGAUCAGGAUGGAGCAUUACUUCACACCUUACUAUGCCCUUCACGCUGGCAGGGUCAAAUUAGCCUCAGGUAACGAUCAGUUUGAAGACAUGGUCGGCAACCAGCUGACCUCUAUAACAUACUUCCGCCUCUACCAAAGUAUUUUUUCCAUCUUCAAGAACCAAGAGCUGGAGAAGAAACUGGAGGAACUGGAAGGUGAAGUGGUCCUCAGCCUAAAAUUAGAGAAGAUUACCAAAAUUGUUCCCAAGUCUCCAGAGAGACGGUGGCUGGGCGAGGUUUUGGACAACACUCUCUCCCUCUACUAUGUCACUAUGUAGACAUUUAUGCUCACAUCAAAAGCUUACGGGAUGUAGUGUUACAGGAUAUUGAUCUUAAAGUACAAAUUAAAAGAAAAGUAGUGAGUUAAAGAUGAUAAACGGCCACUUAAACUGUAAAUUAGGAACUAUGAGACUAUGAUGAGCACAUCAAUAAAUUACUUACCAAGUAUACAGUAUAUAUUAAUACACAUGACAAAAUUAUGGCAUACACAUACAGUCUAACAAUUAGAUAAACAGUAUCUUUAAGUGUUUACUGAAGAACAAAUUAUGAUUUAAAGAUAACACAACCAUUUAUGUGAAAAACCAAUACGGUAUUAGAAAGAAAAACAUUCAACAAGCAAAUCAGUAGGUAAGUUAAAAAUUUCCAGGUUACUUUUUUGUGGCAACAUAACAGCUGCAACACUAAUAGUACACUAGCCCUAAAAAGCAUUUAUUCGUUAUACAUAUGGAGAUUCUAUUUUGUACUACAUACAUAAGAGUUAUUUCCGUGACUAAGAUAAUGGCCAAUAAGGCUGGAAAACUUCUGGCUCUCAUGGAAAAGUUUCAAUGUUGUCUUAGGAAACUUCCAUAGCUGUAACUCAAUAUUCUAACUUUAUCAGAGUACGUACAGUUUGUCUUUAUAUUACUCACCUUACUGUUGCCAAUCUAUUGUUCCUGCCCCACUGGUUCCAGUCACCUGGUCUGGGAUACCUGUUGCUGAUUUGAGCCAACUGUUCUAAUUCAACUGUUCCUGGUCUGCUUUUUGUGUCAGCUGUUCUUAAGUAGCUGCUUCCAGUCAGCUGUAAUCUGGUGGCACCUUUGUUGACAGCAUAAGAUGAGCAACACUACCGUCUCUCUUCCUAAUUGUUGUUCACUUAUCUUUCCUUUUACAUAACUCAAAUAUAUUAUUUUAACAAUCUCAAUAUCAAUUUUCUUUCCACAACAUACCAGCCCAUUUAGUGGACGUCAUGUGUGAGCCAUGAAAUGGUCUCUGCUCAUUUCUAACGUGCCCAUCGACGUGGGUGAGAUAACCUAUUUUCAUCUCCCCGUCAAGACGGAAAGCAGUGGUGCCUACCUAGUAUGUGUUGCUGAAAUUAGUCAAAGUUUCACAUAAAAAAUUUAGUCAAAUAACAAUGAAAUUGAGCUUAACUAAUAUAAAUACCCUUAAAAUUUAUAUAUAGUAUACAGUAUAUUCAUAUUGGGAACGAAAAUGCUUAAUAUAAUGUCAAUACAGUAUACAGAUUAUAGAGGUACAAUACAACACCACUGCACAAAGCAUGUUUUCUGGAGGGAUUUUACUCCUCUUUCCAAAGGUGAUAUUCACUUUCUGUGGAAAUGAGUUUUAACCCAACCUAAUCUUAAUAUAUAAUAACUAACUAAAUAAAUAAACAAAAUGAAACAGGCACAAUCUGUUUCACUCUCCCCAAUAAGCGUCUAAAUUCAACAUAAAGUGGCCUCUCAAUUAUUAACUGCCCUGACCAUUCUCUCUUAGCUGGGGUCCCGAGUGUAGCUGUGAGGAAGAAGGCAUAGCGAAGGUUAUCAUCAUCCAUGUUUGUUUACCUUUUAACUUCUCUGCCUGAACGGAACACCGUUUUUGUUACAUCAUCAACGGCUAUACUGUACUGUACAAUACUACAUCAGAGACGGCCAUCAAAAUGGGCUAGCAUGAUCCGGGCUUUACUCUACUAUAUCAACAAUCUUGCAAGCCCUUAUCCACUAUGACCAACUUAAUACAGUAUCUUCUUAUGUUCUUUCCAGCUGCUAUACAGUACCUCUUAAUCGCAAGCACACAAAAACAAAUCCUGUUUUAUCAAACACCCUCAAUCUUCAUUAUACUAUUUUCUAAACUCUAUUAUGCCUGUUUCAUCCACAUGCGCCACAUCUCAGUCUUCCCACACCUUCCACCAUCUUUUCACUAUCCAUCCAUUUUAUACAACAGAGAAAAUUAUUUCCUAUCUCAGAAUACUUUACUGUACUAAUAUUAAGUUAAUUUUUCUGUCAAUUGUAACCAUUAUUCUGGAUGUCAAAAAUAAUCCUUUAUAAAAUAAAUGAAGAAAGAAAUCCAUAAUUACUACAAAUAUCAUGCCUAUUAUAAUGGUUAUACAGGUAAUAGAAAGAUUUUGAAUACUUUGCUGCAAAGUAGCAUUUAUACUAACUAACUGGAUGAAUUUUGGUGGAUACAGCAGUAAAUAUACAGCUUACUAACCUGUGACAACAAGUACUGUGGCGCUUUACGUCAACCUUACAUUUCCUUGGUGAAAUAUGGUUUGUUUGAUUUUAUACAGACUACAGUAGUCAUCAACUGCACACUGCUUUCAAAAUAUGGUUCUAUGUGAUGCACCAUGAUGAGUGGUGUGUUGUUUGUACAACUCUUUGGCGGGAACUAUGAUAAAGAUGUGGCUAAAAUUAUGAUCAAAUUUCCCAAAAUGUUUCUGCUUACAAUAUAAGAUGAGUGCCCCUAAGGUGAUCUAGAUUGGUUUCAGUGCAGAAAUAAUGUCUUGCCAGCUUUAAGGCCACUCAAGAAAGUUCCAACAAAGAAAUUUACUCUUUGAUUUUAUAGAAUCUCACUGUUUUGUCAUAUCUAAACUGCCAUUAUGCUCCCAUGGUGCAAUUCAGUAGUUUUUUGCCAUGAAUACCAUUUAUGGGGUUGAUUUAAAUAACAAUUCAGUGGAAAUUUUAAACAAAUUCUACAUUCUCCUUACAAAUGAAUAUAAAAUAUGUUAUCUCACCUGUUAGUGGUGUGGUCCAAUAUUCUCACUCCAGGUCUACAACACAGACUACUGUUUAGGUCUGACAGUGUUAGUGGGAAGUGGACUAUACCACUGAAUCACACCAGCUAUUACUGUUGGCUGUUUCAGUAACCUGACUCAUACACAAAGAUAAAAUUUUGACCAUCCAACACUGAUACAACAUUUCCCCAUUUUUGGAGGUCACUCAUUUCCUGUAAUGAAAUUCUAUGGCUUGUAAAACUUGUUAUACAUUGUCAAUAUCA